UUGAUAGUGUUAGUUUCCUCACGUGAGCUGCUUAGUUAUUUUUCUGUUCACACGUGCAUAGUUUUGUUAGUCAAGUGUUAGUUACGUAGUUUUCCCUUACUCUGUAUUGUAUAUAAGUUUGUAAAACCUGAUUCUUUCAAUAAUAUCAAGAAGUAUUUUCCCAAAUUAUCUGAUAUGGUAUCAGAGCCCAAAUUCUAGGGUUCUUAGGGUUUAUACUUCCUCAAUUUUCUCUGAGAAAAUUCCUUUAUUUCUCUAAGAAAAUUCUUCAUUGUUAACAAUGGCUUCCGCUGCAACUCAAGCUGUUGCUACAUCAGAGAAUGUUGCGUCUUUGUCUUCACAAGAUUCACCAAUGGAUGAUCCCUUGUUCUUGCAUCAUGCAGAGAGUCCAAGUACAGUUCUUGUGACUCAGCCCUUGAUUGGUGGAGAGAACUACUCAGCAUGGGCUCGAGCAGUGAGAAAAGCAUUACUCACCAAGAACAAAUUGGGAUUCAUUGAUGGUUCUCUCACUUUAUCAUCUCCAAUGGUGUCUACUCCUUCGGCUGUUCAGGCUUGGAUCAGAUGUGAUAAUAUGGUUGGAACUUGGUUAACCAACUCAGUAUCACCAAAGCUUCAAGCAAGUAUCAUUUAUGAAGACAUGGCUUUGGAGAUUUGGACUGAUUUGCAGAAUCGAUUUGCGCAGAGUAAUGGACCAAGAAUUUACAAUCUUCAGAAGGAAAUUGCUGAUUUACACCAAGGUGAAGUUUCUAUAACUGACUUCUUUACUCAAUUGAAAGUACUUUGGGACCAAUUGCAAAGCUAUAGUCCAUUUCCUUCAUGUACAUGUGGAAAAUGUGUGUGCAAUGUGAAUAAGAGGCUUAGUGAUCUGCAAGUUAGAGAAUCAGUAUUGAAGUUUUUAAUGGGUUUGAAUGAUUCUUUUUCACAAGUAAGAUCUCAAGUAUUGCUCAUGGAUCCUCUGCCUUCUGUUAGCAAAGUCUAUGCUUUGUUGAUACAAGAAGAGAUGCAAAGAUCAGUUACUAAUCAAUUUGGUGUGAAGGUUGAUUCAACUGCUUUGGUUGCAAAGAUGCAAAACCUUAAUCCUGGUAUUACUUCUGGUGGUAAUGGUGUCAAGGGCAAGGAUAAGCCUGUUUGCACUCAUUGUGGCAAGACUGGCCAUAUAGCAGAUAAGUGCUAUAGAUUACAUGGCUUUCCUCCUGGUUUUAAGUUCAAGAAUAAGCCUCCAAUGGCGCAUCAAGUCUCAGCCAUUCAGUCACAAGAAUUGAUGUCUUGUCCAAAUCCCAACAAUUCUGUCUUUACUCCAGAACAGUAUCAGCAGCUUCUUGCAUUGAUUAAUCCUUGUUCUCCUCUUGUGUUUGCUGUCCAAGGCAGGGAUAUUCAUGGGAAGGAUGCUUCUUUAACAUGUGUUCCUUCUUCUUCUUCUGCAAUGGCAGGACCUUACCUGUUGGAGAACGAUUGGAGUGGGGCAAGCAAAUGAUGGUUUGUACCUGUUACAAUCUAGCAGCACUUAUCAGCAUUCUUCAAGCUCUCUUGAUGAUUUCUUGGCAAGUCAUAAUCUGAGUACAGUUUCCAAUUCUUUCUCCGCUACAACUUCAGCCAAUACACUUUCUUUCCUUUGGCAUAACAGAUUAGGGCAUCCAUCAGAUUCUAGGUUACAAGCUUUAAGUCAUGUUUUUCCUUUUCUGAAAACUUCUUGUAAUAAUGCUUGUAACAUUUGUCCUUUGGCUAAACAAAAACAUUUGCCAUUUCCUUUUAAUAACAAUCUUAGUACUUUUGCCUUU